AUGGCAAUUUCGGAAUGGAUCCAGGCGUUGCAAGAUGUUGCCUGGCCAGGAUUCCUCCAACCACAUGUAGAAGUGCUUCUUCUAUGGAUUACAUGGGCGGUUGACUAUAUCGAUUUGGAUUAUUUAGAAUAUCUACUCUGGCUUCUGCUCCCAUUCUUCAUCCUCUUCAUCUUCCCCAUCUUCCUGGUGCUCUUCAUAUACGGAUGUGUGAUUUUCGUGCACAUUUACGGUCACCGACAUCAAAUCCGAGAAGCGUAUCAUACGAGUUAUUGGGAAGGAGCACGAGUGGCAAUCGCUUCAUUCUGGGAUGGUGUCGGAAACGUUUGGCAUGGCUACGAACUGAAAGGGAUUGAAAAUGUUCCUGAUGAAGGAUCAGCCCUUUUCAUCUACUAUCACGGAUGCCUUCCACUCGAUGUCUACUACCUCAUCUCGAAACUAGUGAUACAUAAAAAUCGAUCGCUGCACUGUGUUGGUGACAAGUUUAUUUUCAAAAUUCCUGGCUGGCGUCCACUUUGUAAACUAUUCUCAAUCACGGCUGGAACCGUUGAAGAAUGUACAGAAGAAUUGAAAGAAGGAAAUCUGUUGUGUAUUGCUCCUGGUGGUGUUCGAGAAGCUUUAUUCUCGGAUCCCAAUGUCUAUGACAUUUUGUGGGGCAAACGUCUGGGAUUCGCGAAAGUGAUUAUUGGAAGCAAGACGCCAGUGAUUCCAAUGUUCACCGAAAACUGUCGCGAAUCGUUCCGAACUCCCGAAUGGGGUCGAAGCUUUUUCCGAUGGAUUUAUGAGAAGACGAAAAUCCCGUUGUGCCCAAUUUAUGGAGGAUUUCCUGUUAAAAUGAUCACUCAUCUUGGUAAACCAAUCUACUUUGAUUUCGACACUGUAACACCUGAAGAGGUUCGAAAAACUGUUAAACGGGAAAUUCGCUCUAUGAUCAAAGAACAUCAACGUCUCCCUGGUAGUGUCUGGCAAGGCAUUGCCCAACGCUGGUCAGCUCCAUCAAAGAAGAAAACUGACGAACCAGAGCAAGCAGAACUACUUCAACGAAACGGUGCCGGUACCACGAGCCCGACGUCAGAUUCAGAAGACGUCGUUGUGUUACGGCGAGAACGAUCUGGAAUCGAUAAUGACGACGCUGAAAUCGACGAGUUCCUCGACAAUUUUAUCCUCACGGAUAGUCUCCAAAUGAGGCUCUGGUGCUGUUUGGGUAAUCAAAACCUCUUCUUUUAUGCUAUCAUUGUCCGGUUCUUCAAAAGUUUGUUCUGCUUCAUCAGUACUAGAUUUACAAUGAAACUUGGAGACACUGUACCAAACUUUACUUUCGACACCGAUCUUAGAAAGGAUCAGAGCUUGCAUAGCUACAUUGGAGACAAUUGGCUCAUGCUGUUCAGUCAUCCAGCGGAUUUCACUCCAGUCUGUACUACCGAACUCGCUGAACUUGUCAAACUGGCUCCCGAGUUUAGCAUGCGACACGUGGAAAUCCUUGCCAUCAGCAUCGACUCGUCAGAAACACAUCGUGCAUGGGCAAAGGAUAUCAACGCUGUUGUGAAGGGAUGUCUCUCUGUCGGACAUCACCUUCCAUUCGAAAUUAUCGCGGACACGGAUCGUUCCAUUUGCACUGAGUUGGGAAUGAUCGAUCCUGACGAGGUUAACUCGCAAGGGAUCUGUCUUUCGGCAAGAGCAGUAAUGCUGUUCGGACCAGACAGAAAACUCAAGUCUAAAAUUCUUUAUCCAGCCACUUUUGGUAGAAACUUUGUCGAAAUUCUUCGUAUGGUGGAUGGAGUGCAGCUGGGAAGCAAGGCUCCAGUUGCUACACCAGCUAACUGGACUUCAGGAAAGAAUGUGAUUGCUCAGCCUUCUCUCAGCCAGGAGCGAGUAGUCGAGGAGCUCUGCGGAGGUGAUCCGGAUAAGUGUAAAAUUGUUCCACUCCCAAGUGGAAAACGUUACUUGCGUGUGAUCGAAGGAGAUGCCUACUUGAAGAGCUAA